UUCUGCCACAGAUUCCCAUCAACAAGAAAAACAAGAAAGAUAGCUACUAGGAGAAGCUUUAAUACGCUCGAUACCUGGCAUGAUGAGUUCCUCAAUCAAGCUGGCCCAUCGGAUCCUCAGCGCUUUCCGUUCAUUUUGGUCGGGAACAAGAUUGAUUUAGAUGGCGGGAGCAAACGGAUGGUUCUGGAGAAGAAAGUGAGGGAAUGGUGCGCCUCUAAGGGCGAUAUUCCAUACUUCGAGACCUCUGCGAAGGAGGACCACAACAUCGAUACUGCUUUCCUAUGCAUCGCUAGGCUCGCCUUGGAGCAUGAGCAUGACCAAGACAUUUACUUCAAGACAGUUGCGGAACAAGUCCCGGACACUAAACAGACAAGCGGAUGUGCUUCCUAGGAGCCAGCCAUUUCCUGGAAGGCUGGAACUACGUGGAUGUUACUGAAGGACUGGCCCCCGAU